CAGUAAGUAUCGAAAGUAUCGGAACGUCCCUAACCAAGAUGGUUUGGAAUGUGGUUGCUUGAAAUCAUUAAAAUCAUUUAAUCAUAAAAAUAAAGAAUUAUUACUAUGUAAUUUUGUUAAAAUAUAAAUUUAUGUCGCCCAAUAAGUUCAAGUUGAACACCAUCACGAAAAUUGGAAUUGGAUGGUGUUUUUGCAUUGCUGGAGGUAUUGGCUUAUUCAUUCUGUCCAAACAGUCGAUUGAUCGAAGGCGUUAUGAGCAUAUGAAGAUUAGGCAACGAAUUCUGAGGGCUGGCUAUGACUCCGUACCUUCAACAACAGAAGAAAAGUGAAGUUAAGUGAGUGCUGUUAUUAGUUAUAGUUUCGUGUGAAUUGACUGUGAAGAUGGCUAGUGCGCAGAGCAUGGAGACUGCCAGACUGCAAAUGGUGCAGGAGCUGGAAAUCGAAAUGAUGGCUGACUUGUACAACCGUAUGACUGCCGCCUGUCAUAAGAAGUGCAUUCCGCCGAAAUACAAGGAGGCUGAACUCGGUAAAGGCGAGUCUGUCUGCCUUGACAGGUGUGUUGCCAAGUACCUGGACGUGCAUGAGAGAGUUGGCAAGAAACUGACGCAGAUAUCCAUGCAGGAUGAUGACCUAAUGAAGCGCAUGCAGACUGAUCAAGGCGCCAAAUAGCCUACAAAUUAUUAUCAUUUCAAUGUAGUUCGAUGUAGUAUCUUCAUGAAAAGUAGGUUGGUACUAUGCCCUGAGGGCAUUUGUUGUCUAGAUAACUUAUGAAAAAAUAUGUUCUAUAAGUAUAUCUUCUAUGUAUUUAAGUUUUGAAUGUUACCAUCUUUCAAUUGAAUAAAUAUUGUUAUGGUAUUCA